AUGAAUCCAACCAGCGCACCGUGGAACAUUGCACCCCAAGCCACCCCGCUGCCUCCCCGACUGAUCGGACUUUACGGCAUCCCGGGCAGCGGUAAAACCCUCGCGAUAGACAGAUUGAGACGGCAGCUGGGGCUAACAGAGUUUGAGUAUUUCAAGGGCUCAGACCUGAUCCAUCUGGCGACAUCUGGCGAGGUCGCAUUUCAUAAGUUGGACGAGCCGCUCAAGAAACACUACCGUCAGCGUGCCAUGAUGGUUGCCGAAGCGACGUGCGUCCGAAGUGGGAAAGUCGGCGUCAUAACUAGGGAAUUUAUGUACUGGUCGGUGGGGGAAAGUGAGGAACCGGCGAAAGUGUAUGCUGGAGAUGAUUUGAAUAUGUUUGCGCACGUCGUUUACCUCAAUACACCCCCGGAGGUGAUAGCUAAGCGGCGAGACGACGGUACGAGUCGGUCAAUUGUGCCGAUUGAACAUUUGCGCCGCUGGCAGGACACCGAAGUAGAGGAGCUUCGUGGACUCUGUCAACAGCGACAUAUCCCGUUCACGAGCGUUUAUCCCGAUUUCAACGAGAUCGUGGUACCUAUCAUUCAGCGUUAUAAUGGUGGCUUGAAGAUGUACCACGCGACAGACAGCGCGGCAACAAAGCUCCUACUCACUCCAGUGCUUGACGCAGCUGUUGGCGAGCUAGGCCGUGAGGAUGCGUAUGGUAAGAUAGGGGCUUAUCUAGCCACCACGCUCCUAGCCGAGCCACUUGGUAUCCAGGAGCUCAUCGCGCAAUAUCCGGAACAUCCCAGUAAGGUUAGCGGUUAUCGCCUGCUUGGAGAAGAGCAGACGCUGAUCGUGGCAUGGAGACACAGUGGAAAAGGCAUAGCUGAGGGUGUUCAUGGGGUCUUCCCAAAAGCAAAGUUCCUGCCUGUCCAGCAGCCGGAAGAUAUUCAGAGCCGCCAUAUCCAAGAUAAGGUCAAUGCUGUCAUAGUUGACUCUCUAAUCAAUUGGAAGAAUGGCGAGGCGAUGGCAGAACUAGUGCGAUCCAUCCGAGCUGUCCACACCACUAUUCGGAUUGUUUUCGUUGCUGCGGAAGUCAACCGUGAGGUAGUGUCGGUAAGGGGUCCUGUCGGUGCGGUUUCACGCUCUGGUGAAGUCUCUGUUGUUGCGCUUCGUAUGACGAAGCCAAAGUGA